AUGGAGUUGAAGCCGGCGUUGUUCGAGCUGGCAUUGAACAUCAUAACGAGGAUGAUUGCCAGGAAGAGAUACUAUGGAGAAGAAUCGGGGGUCUCGGAGGAGGCGAGGCGGUUUAGGGAGAUAUAUAUCAAAGGAGGGCCUCUCUUUGGAUGGAGCGACCAAGCUUGGGAUUUCUUGCCCCUGCUGAGAUGGGUCGAUUUCCAGGGAGUUACAAGGAGGUCCAUAAGCUUGCAGAAUAGGAGGGAGAAGUUCUUGCAGAGACUGAUAGAUGAGCACAGGAGGAAGAACAAUGAGAUUAAAGAGGAGGAGGAGAAGAAGACUAUGAUUGGUGAUUUGCAAUCACUGCAGAAGACGGAUUCAAAAUAUUACGACGACCAGAUGAUAAAAGCACUUUGCCAGAGCUUACUAAUUCCAGGAACAGAUCCUUCAUCAGGUGCUAUCGUGUGGGCAAUGUCACGCCUACUAAAUAAUCCAGAAUCAUUGAAGAAAGCCCAGGCUGAGAUUGAUGAGCGCGUGGGAAAUGGGCGAUUGCUAGGUGAAAAAGAUCUUUCUGUUGUUCUAUACCAGUAUACCACCAGUGCGUCAUCAAAGAAACUCUUCGGCUGA